GGGCGGGGAAGCGGCGCCCCGGGCAUCCCCCGCAGUCUGUGGGAGCCAAUCUGCCAUGCACCUGAAGAGAGCUGUUCUUUCUUGUCCUAGAACAGCCCCUGCAGGUGAACACUGCUGAAAAUGGGGGACACAAGAGACAUCUGUCCUCAUCUGGAUUCCAUAGGAGAGGUGACCAGAGAUGAUCUGCUGCUCAAAUCCAAGGGAACUUGCCAGUCUUGUGGAGCUGUGGGACCAAAUCUCUGGGCUUGUCUUCAGAUUGGUUGUCCUUAUGUUGGCUGUGGGGAGUCCUUUGCUGACCACAGCACACUUCAUGCACAGGCCAAAAAACACAACCUGACUGUGAACCUGACCACUUUCCGUAUCUGGUGUUAUGCCUGUGAGAAGGAGGUGUUCUUGGACCAGAGGCUGCUCCACACCCAGGCACCACCAGUGAAGUUCCCUGAACAGGAUUCUCCACUGCCUGCACACCCUUUGAAAGCUGUCCCAAUUGCAGUGGCUGAUGAAGGGGAAUCUGAAUCAGAGGAUGAUGAUUUGAAACCAAGAGGCCUUACUGGAAUGAAAAAUCUUGGGAACUCCUGCUACAUGAAUGCAGCACUUCAGGCUCUCUCUAACUGCCCACCUCUCACACAGUUUUUUCUGGAAUGUGGAGGACUGGUCCGUACAGAUAAGAAACCAGCACUGUGUAAAAGUUACCAGAAGUUGGUGUCUGAGGUUUGGCAUAAGAAACGCCCAAGUUAUGUUGUUCCAAGCAGUCUAUCCCAUGGAAUUAAACUUGUCAACCCCAUGUUCCGAGGUUAUGCACAGCAGGACACUCAGGAAUUCCUGCGGUGCCUGAUGGAUCAGCUCCAUGAAGAACUGAAGGAACCCAUAGUUGCAGAGAGCAGGGAUUUGGAUACCAGUGAGCAGGAUGACAAACAAGAAGGUGACCGAAGUCCUUCAGAGGAUGAGUUCCUCUCCUGUGACUCAAGCAGUGACAGGGGUGAAGGAGAUGGGCAGAGCCGCAGCACAGGGAGCAGCUCCCUGGCAGAGACAGAGCUCUUGAUCCAGGAUGAAGCAGGGAGAGGGAUCUCUGAGAAGGAGAGGAUGAAGGACAGGAAGUUCUCCUGUGGCCAUCGGCGCAGCAACUCCGAGCAGGUGGAUGAGGAUGCAGAUGUUGAUACUACAAUGAUGCCCAUUGAUGGGAGAGCCUCACCUGAGAUGCUCCCAGCUCCCUGUCCUUCCAGCCCGUGUAGGACACCAGAACCUGACAACGAUGCCUACGUGCGCUGCUCCUCCCGGCCCUGCAGUCCUGUCCAUCAGGAAAUGCACUCCAAGCUUUCCAGCAGCCCUCCUCGCUCCAGUCCUGCCAGGCUUGGACCUUCCUAUGUCCUCAAGAAAGCCCAGAUGCAGGCUUCUGGGAAAAAGAAGAAAGAACUUCGUUACCGCAGUGUGAUUUCUGACAUCUUCGAUGGCUCCAUCCUCAGCCUGGUGCAGUGCCUGACCUGUGACAGGGUUUCUACAACAGUGGAGACAUUCCAGGACCUGUCACUCCCAAUCCCAGGGAAGGAGGACUUGGCCAAACUGCAUUCUGCCAUCUACCAAAAUGUGCCAGCUAAGACAGGGGCCUGUGGGGACAACUAUGCCUCCCAAGGCUGGAUUGCUUUCAUCAUGGAAUAUAUCCGGAGAUUUGUGGUGUCGUGUAUCCCCAGCUGGUUUUGGGGUCCUGUUGUGACACUGGAGGAUUGCCUUGCUGCCUUUUUUGCAGCAGAUGAGUUGAAGGGGGACAACAUGUACAGCUGUGAACGAUGUAAAAAGCUGCGGAAUGGGGUGAAGUACUGCAAAGUCCUCCGACUGCCAGAGAUUCUUUGCAUCCACUUGAAACGGUUCCGGCACGAGGUGAUGUAUUCCUUCAAGAUCAACAGCCACGUCUCCUUCCCUUUGGAAGGGCUGGAUCUCCGACCUUUCCUGGCCAAGGAAUGUGUCUCCCAGAUCACCACCUAUGAUCUACUGUCAGUCAUCUGUCACCAUGGCACAGCAGGCAGUGGGCACUACAUAGCUUACUGCCAGAACGUGAUCAAUGGCCAGUGGUACGAGUUUGAUGACCAGUAUGUCACUGAAGUCCAUGAGACUGUGGUACAAAAUGCAGAAGCCUACGUCUUGUUCUACAGGAAAAGCAGCGAGGAGGCUGUGCGAGAGCGUCAGAAAGUUGUGUCCCUUGCCAGCAUGAAGGAGCACAGUUUGCUCCAGUUCUACAUCUCAAGAGAGUGGCUCAAUAAAUUCAACACCUUUGCUGAGCCUGGUCCCAUCACCAAUCACACCUUCCUCUGCUCUCAUGGAGGGAUCCCUCCUAAUAAAUAUCACUACAUUGAUGACCUGGUUGUGAUUCUGCCCCAGAAUGUGUGGGAAUAUCUCUACAACAGGUUUGGGGGUGGCCCUGCUGUGAACCAUCUGUAUGUCUGCUCCAUUUGCCAAGUGGAGAUUGAAGCCCUGGCCAAACGUAGGAGAAUCGAGAUAGACACCUUCAUCAAGCUGAACAAGGCUUUCCAGGCAGAGGAGUCUCCAAAUGUCAUCUACUGUAUCAGCAUGCAGUGGUUCCGGGAGUGGGAAGCCUUUGUCAAGGGGAAGGAUAAUGAGCCUCCUGGACCAAUUGACAACAGCAAGAUUGCACUCACCAAAGCAGGGGGCCACGUGCAGGUUAAACAGGGUGCUGACUAUGGGCAGAUUUCUGAGGAGACCUGGAUUUAUUUGAGCACACUGUAUGGAGGGGGCCCAGAGAUUGCCAUCAGGCAGAACGUGGCCCAGGUCCAAGAGCUGGAAAACCUCCAUGGGGAGCAGAAGAUUGAAGCAGAGACACGGGCUGUGUGAUGGGGCAGGGAAGGUAUGGCACAAACAUGUUUGUGUCAGGAUGGGAGGCUGGGGAAUCUGUGGCCAGACUUCUCUUGCCUGGUAACCCCAAGGUGUGUGCAGCUCCCACCCCCAUUUCUGGGGCAGGGAGGCUUCCUCUGCUGUCCUUUCAUGUGGCUUUAAAUCUAGGGGUUGGUGCUGGGCAAGACUGGGAGAAAAGCAGCUUCUCUGUAACUCAUCUCUGGAUAAAGCCAUGGUAGAAGACUCCAGCCAGACCUCACUGGGAUACACUUGCACCCCAACUCUUUCUUUUUUGUUUGCUUACAAGAAACCAGCACUCCCAGCUUGUACCCAGUGAACUGGGGCUGCUCCUUUGCAGGUUUUGCUUUUGGCAUUUUUAAACUCAAAUGUUUAAAGAUAAUGAAGCCUUAUUUAUGUUUCCAGAAGGCAGUGCUGCAACUAGAGAACCUUGUUACUUGAAGCUAAAGCCACCAGGGCUCCCUGGAGCUUGGUGCUGGUGGAGCACAGCUGUCACAACUUCCUAGUUUUGCUCUUUAUCUAAUUCUUGCAAAUUCACUUGCAAUCACCCAAGAAAUUUUGAAAGAGGCCACUUCUUACCCUUGGGUCCCUAAAGCCACACUUCAUGGUCCUGCAGAUUAUCUUUUUUUUCCUUCUUGCAUCUGAUUUCAUGUGUUCAGCACAUUUUCAGAGAACAAAGCUGGAAGAUGACUCCUCCUUCCUUCUGUCCUCUUUCCACUGAAGCUCUUGACAGUUUAGCUCGGGGGUGCAGCCUUCCAGGUGGUUCAGGGUGGUCCAUGAGCAGCUUAAGCUCAGAGUUGUUUGUGGGCAGCAGUCACUGGAGCAGGGCACAGGACAGCUCUGCUUAGACUUUUUAGGACUCUUGCUUCAUAACCCCACUCUCAGAGUGACCCUGAAGGAGGAGGAGGAGCUGGUUUGUUCACACAAAUGGGUCACUCUGGGACAGGGCUGUCACCCAGUGCUGGGGAAGGGCCCCAGCUGAGGAGGUGCCAGGCUCUGGAAGCAGCUUUGGAGGAGUGAGCUGCCUCCUGCAAACCCCAGCUGGGUGCCCAGGUUGCAUUUGUGGACACAGUGGCUCAUUUAAUGAAGAGAAAUAACUUGCUCCCCUCUCUCCUGCUGCCACAGCCCUGGAGUACCCCAUAGCAGGUGAUGGAGAGCUUAAUGAAGAUAAAAAAAAGCUGAAUGCUGCUUUCCUCAGCAGGACUGGUUCUUUAAAGCUCUUUGUUUAUCUCUUAAGCCACAAAGGCAAGAGAAAAUCUUUGCAAGUGGUUGAGUGCAAAUGAAUGGAAGCAGCACAGCACAGGUGGCCUCAUGGGCUGAGGAACCAAAAUGUCUUCAGUGCUGGUACCCAAAUGAUUCCACAGCAUCAAGUCUGGCUUUGGUGGCAGCAUGGGGCUGGGACCUCCUGAAUUCAUGGAAAAGAAAGAGGGAGGUAAAGGCUGUGCUUUGACUUAGUGGGAAAGGCUGUAGGGACAGAAAAAUGUGGCCUUCAGAAUAAUUAUUUUUUUUUUAAGACCAAAUGUUUGCUGCCAACAGCAACUUCUUCUUUAAAAGUCUCUGUAAAUGGUUCAGCAUGUUAAUUUUAUUAUCCUGUUUACUGGAUGCUUGUAUAUACCCAGCCAGGCCUGAGGGGAGGUCAGACAAUGAGCCACUGUUGGGAUUUCUCAUUGUUUUAAGCUGUUUUUGUUAAAACUGCAGCUGCCCUCAGCUCUGCUGCAGAGCCUGCAGGGCUGCAUGUCUGUGUUUGUGCCAUGCAGAGGAUGCUGUACAGACUCUGGUCCCACUCCUGUGCUUAAGUGUUGAGACUUUGUGCUGAAACUGUGUUCAAAUAAAUACAUGUGCAGUCAA